AUGGUCACAAGAAUGGAAUGUGGUAUAAGCCAUUCUGGGCAACCAGGACGACCAUCAUUCAUUAUUCCUUCAGAAAUGUUAGAAGACCUGCGUGGUUAUGGGUUUUCUUGGAAUAAGAUUGCGCAAAUGUUGGGUGUAUCUAGAUGGACUAUACAUAGACGUGUUAUUAGUAUGGGUCUUUCAAAUCUGGGAGAUUUUGCCUUGAUAUCUGACAAUGAACUGGACCAGCUGAUUUAUGAUUACAUAAAUCGACAUGGAGCUACCUCAGGACUGACAUAUAUUACUGGUUAUUUGCGAUCCAUUGGGUUCCGCAUCCAGCGACACCGAAUUCGAGAAAGUAUGACAAGAGUGCAGCCACGAAAUGCAAUUCUCAGAUGGGGAAUGAUUGUACAACGUCGAAAAUAUCGUGUGCCAUGGCCAAAUUCACUAUGGCAUUUAGAUGGCCAUCACUCGUUGAUACGAUGGAGUCUCGUUGUUCAUGGUUGUAUCGAUGGAUUUUCAAGAAGAAUCAUAUAUUUGCAAUGUAGUACAAAUAACUUGUCUGAGACAGUCCUUGUCCUGUUUCUCAAUGCCACAGAAGAUGAUGGAGGAUUAUGGCCUUCAAGGAUUCGAGUGGAUAGAGGAGUAGAAAACGUUCGUGUAUGUGAUGCUAUGGUGGAAGCAAGAGGUGAGGGUAGAGGCAGUUUCAUAGCCGGGCCAUCAACACACAAUCAACGAAUUGAGCGGUUAUGGCGCGACGUAUUUCGCUGCGUGCUUCAUUACUUUUACUACGUAUUUUAUGCCAUGGAAGAUGCUGGCAUUUUUUUUCUUGACAAUCCCACGCAUGUUUUUAUAUUACACUACGUAUUUCUGUCUCGAAUUAAUCAAGCACUGCAAGAAUACAAGCAUGCUUUUAACAACCAUGGCGUUCGGACAGCCAAUAAUUGGUCGCCAAAUCAAAUGUGGCUAAAUGGAAUGAUGAAUGCGGAAAAUCCAUUAGCACACGAGGGACUGGAUGACACUCCCGAUGACUUACAGUUUUAUGGAUACGAUCCUAAUGGUCCAUCCCCCUUCGAAGAUAGCGACAACAACGUUGUUGUUUCACCUAUAUAUCAUAAUGAGACCACUGCAGAAAUUUUAACCAUUCUCCAAACAGUUGAUCCCCUCAGACCUUCCACUGAGAUGGGAAUCGAUGUGUAUCUUGAUGCUCUUGGUUUGAUUGAAAACAUGCUGAGAGAGCAGACGGAAUGA